AUGCCUGAUCAGAUCCUCGACGACAUAUCUCACCGCAGGUAUAAUCCACUGACGGACUCCUGGCUUCUUGUGUCUCCUCACCGGACGAAGCGGCCCUGGCAGGGCCAGCAAGAGGCUGCUGUCGCAGGCUCACUUCCUGAAUAUGAUCCUAAGUGCUAUCUCUGCCCAGGAAACACACGCGCUGCUGGAGGCCAAAACCCAGCUUACGACACGACCUUUGCUUUUGUCAAUGACUAUAGCGCUGUAAAGGCGGAACAGCCAGACUACGAAGGCGAGUCCUCGUCUAAUGACCUGGAAUCUCUGCUCCUGCGGGCGCAGGGAGUCAAGGGCGUCUGUUAUGUUAUUACCUUCUCUCCAAAGCAUCAUGUUACUUUGGCCGACAUGACGCCCAACGAGAUCGUCCCUGUUAUUGAGCAUUGGACUCGCAUCUACGCCAACCACCUGGCAGCAUCCAGCCCGCUCGCGGCGGAGGCCGAGAAGCUGACCAUCUCCAUGCCCAAGGAUGCCGCUCCUAUCCCAGAGGAGGAAUAUCGCUACAUGCAAAUCUUUGAGAAUAAGGGCGCAGCUAUGGGCUGCUCGAACCCCCACCCUCAUUGUCAGGUCUGGACAACUUCUACUUUGCCAGAGGAGCCUGGUAAGGAGCUGGUGCAGAUGACCAAAUACCGAGCUCAGCACGAAGGCCGACAUCUCCUGGGCGAUUAUGUCAAGUUGGAGCUGGAAAAGGAGGAGCGUGUUGUCUGGCAGAACGAGGGCUUUGUCAUCGUCUGCCCUUGGUGGGCUGUCUGGCCAUUCGAAGUCCUCAUUCUUCCCAAGCGACACAUCCGAUCCCUCGUCGACUUUAAGCCUGAGGAACGGCUCCAGUUUGCUGAGGCGAUCCAAGAGGUUACCCGAAGAUACGACAACCUGUUUGAAUGCAACUUCCCCUACAGCUCUGGACUUCACCAGGCCCCUCUCAGCGGGACGCCCGAGGAGGUAGAAAACGCCUACUUCCACAUGCACUUUUACCCACCUCUGCUGCGCUCGGCCACGGUCAAGAAGUUCCUCGUCGGCUACGAGCUCAUGGCUGAGCCGCAGCGUGACAUUACGCCCGAGCAGGCCACGGUCCGCCUGCGCAACUGCGGAGGAGAGCUGUAUCGAAAGAAUCUCUAG